AUGCCCAAGAUCGUCCGCCUCACGCUCUUCAAGAUCCCCGACCAAGACCUGGUCAAGGAAGCCAUCCAGAUGUACAACACUCUGGCCCAGGACGCGAAAAAGGACGGCAAGAACUACAUCCAGCUCGCCCAGGCCAACGCCACCUACGACGACCAGCGCAGCCAGGGCUACACACUACUCGCCCGUUGCAUAUUCGAGUCCAAGGAGGACAUGGACUUUUACGACAACCAGGAUGAGGCACAUGCUAAGAUCAAGGCGCAUUUUAAGCCAAAGGUCAACUCGCCGCCGCUAGUCAUCUACUCGGACAUGUCGUAG